AAUCAGGUGCUGUUUUCACAUUCGGAAAAAGCAGAUUUGCAGAAGAUAUUCCUAGCAAGUUCUGGUUCAAAAAUGACAAGCCUGUGCUCAUAUCAUGUGGAGAUGAACAUACUGCUAUUGUUACAGGGAAUGGUAAACUAUACAUGUUCGGCAGUAACAACUGGGGCCAAUUAGGACUAGGAUCAAAGAACACUGUCAGCAAACCAACAUGUGUUAAAGCUUUAAAACCAGAAAAAGCAAAACUUGCUGUUUGUGGAAGAAACCACACUUUAGUUUACACAGAAAAAGGAAAUGUGUAUGCUGCUGGAGGUAACAGUGAAGGACAGUUGGGAUUAGGUGACACAGAGGAAAGGACGACAUUUCAUUUAAUUAGUUUUUUUACCAACCAGCACAAGAUCAAACAGCUAGCAGCUGGAUCAUACACCUCAGCAGCAGUAACUGAGGAUGGGCAGCUUUUUGUGUGGGGUGACAAUUCAGAAGGUCAGAUUGGCUUGGCUGAUGAAGCUUGUGUCAGUGUCCCUUGUCAAGUGGAUGUUGGAAAACCUGUUUCCUCUGUUUCCUGUGGAUAUUACCACUCUGCCUUGAUAACGGGAGAUGGUGAGCUCUAUACUUUUGGAGAACCUGAGAAUGGGAAACUGGGGUUAUUGCCUGAACAGUUGAAGAACAACAGAGUCCCACAGCCUGUACUGGGAAUUAUGGAAAAGGUUAAUAAGGUUGCUUGUGGUGGAGAACACACAGUGGUGCUGACAGUUUUUAGUAGUCAGACUAGUUACCCUCGAGGUAGUCAGCCCCCUGAGCUGGAGAACAGGGAUGGAGACCAGAAGGAUUCCCUCAUAAUCCAGGAAGUAGUAGUUAAUGACCUGCUAUGCCGGUUGGACACUCACAAGUCUAUUGGGCUGGAUGAAAUCCACCUGAGAGUGCUGAGAGAGCUGAUGGAGGAACUUGCCAAGCCACUCUCCAUCAUUUAUCCGCAGUCCUGGUUAACAGGAGAGGUCUCGGAAGACUGGAGACUUGCCAAU